CCUCAUUUUGACCAGCUGACUUUGAAGAGAGAGAAGGAAGUUUAGAGAGAGAAGGCAGUACUCUCAAUCAUGGACUUCUACAUCUCUAUAUAACCCAUCUUCUCCAAAACUGUUUCAUCCAACGACUUUCUUCAGAUCAGAGAAUCUUUUGGCCAUUGAAACUCUGCUGUAUAGAUCCAUUCAUUGGCCGAUCAAUUCAUUGAUUCAAACUGUAUUUACUUGUAGUUUAUGAUAUCUUUCUGGGUUUUUCAAAUCAAUUAAUAUAUAUAUAUAUAUAUAUAUACACACAUAUCAUCGAGUGAAGAAGAAAUUAAAGGAAGGAGGAGAAAUUAAGUGAGAGAGAAAAUGGCGUCGGCUUUGGCGGGCGGCGAUCUUGCCCGGACGGUGAGUAGUAGUAGUAGCAGGAGGAGUUGGCGUUCGCAGAGUAUCCGGGACGUAUGGCAGGGGCAGCCGGAUGUUUUCCAGCAGAGCAGCCGGCGGCAGGUGGCGGACGACGAGGAGGAGCUGAAAUGGGCCGCCAUAGAGAGGCUGCCCACCUACGACAGGAUGAGAAAGGGAAUGUUACAACAGGUGAUGAGUAAUGGUAGAGUAGUCCAAAAUGAAGUUGAUGUUACCAAUCUCGGAAUUCAGGACAAGAAGCAGUUGAUGGAGAGUAUUCUCAAGGUCGUGGAAGAUGAUAACGAAAAAUUCCUGAGACGACUUAGGGAUCGAACCGACAGGGUUGGAAUUGAAAUUCCAAAAAUUGAAGUCAGAUUCCAGAAUUUAUCUGUGGAGGGAGAUGCAUAUGUUGGGACCAGAGCACUUCCCACUCUUCUCAAUUCCACCCUCAAUACAAUUGAGGGAAUUCUUGGAAUGAUUAAGCUUUCUCCAUCAAAGAAAAGGGUUAUCAAAAUACUCCAAGAUGUUAGUGGAAUUAUAAGACCAUCAAGGAUGACACUGCUCCUAGGGCCUCCUGCUUCAGGAAAAACAACUUUGCUACAGGCACUUGCAGGGAAGCCUGAUGAUGAUCUAAGGAUAAAAGGGAAAAUCACCUAUUGUGGCCAUGAAUUUAAGGAAUUUGUUCCUCAGAGAACAUGUGCUUAUAUUAGCCAGCAUGAUCUUCACUACGGUGAGAUGACAGUUCGAGAGACAUUGGAUUUCUCCGGACGUUGUUUGGGAGUUGGAACCAGGUAUGAAAUGUUGGCAGAGUUGUCAAGGCGAGAAAAAGAAGCAGGUAUUAAACCAGAUCCUGAGAUCGAUGCAUUCAUGAAAGCCACAGCCAUGGCUGGCCAGGAAAGCAGUUUGAUCACAGAUUAUGUUCUCAAGCUUCUUGGAUUGGAUAUUUGUGCUGAUAUUAUGGUGGGGGAUGAUAUGAGAAGGGGAAUAUCUGGUGGACAGAAGAAACGUGUUACUACUGGGGAAAUGUUUGUCGGACCAGCAAAAGCAUUUUUCAUGGAUGAAAUAUCAACAGGGCUGGACAGUUCCACUACUUUUCAGAUUGUGAAAUUUAUGAGGCAGAUGGUUCAUAUCAUGGACGUAACCAUGGUCAUCUCUCUCUUGCAGCCUGCACCUGAGACAUUUGAUCUUUUUGAUGAUGUUAUCCUACUUUCAGAUGGUGAGAUUGUCUAUCAAGGUCCGCGAGAGAAUAUUCUAGAGUUCUUUGAGUACAUGGGAUUCAAAUGCCCAGAAAGGAAAGGAAUUGCAGACUUUCUUCAGGAAGUAACUUCUAAGAAGGACCAAGAACAAUAUUGGUUCAAAAAGAACCAACCUUACAGAUAUGUCUCAGUACCUGAUUUCGCACGGGCCUUCAACUCUUUUCACAUUGGGCAACAACUCUCAGAAGAUCUUAGAAUUCCGUACGACAAGUCUAGAGCCCAUCCCGCUGCAUUGGUGACUGAAAAGUAUGGUAUCUCCAAUUAUGAGCUCUUCAGGGCAUGCUUCUCAAGGGAAUGGCUGUUGAUGAAGCGGAACUCUUUUGUCUACAUAUUCAAAACUACCCAGAUUACAAUCAUGGCAACAAUUGCCCUGACCGUGUUCCUAAGAACGGAAAUGAAAGCUGGUCAACCACAAGAUGCUGCAAAAUUUUGGGGAGCACUAUUUUUCAGUCUCAUUAAUGUGAUGUUUAACGGGAUGGCAGAGCUUGCAAUGACAAUAUUCAGGCUUCCUGUAUUUUUUAAACAGAGAGAUUUCUUGUUCUAUCCAGCAUGGGCUUUUGCCUUGCCAAUUUGGAUCCUUCGUAUUCCCAUUUCACUGAUGGAAUCUGGGAUAUGGAUAAUUCUUACUUAUUACACCAUUGGAUUUGCACCUGCUGCCAGUAGGUUUUUCAAACAGUUGUUGGCUUUCUUUGGUAUACAUCAGAUGGCUCUCUCUCUCUUUCGUUUCAUUGCAGCAGCUGGGAGGACACAAGUUGUAGCAAACACACUUGGUACCUUCACCUUGUUAAUGGUUUUUGUGCUUGGAGGCUUCAUUGUUUCCAAAGAUGACAUUAAAUCAUGGAUGAUAUGGGGCUACUAUAUUUCUCCUAUGAUGUAUGGUCAAAAUGCCAUUGCCAUGAAUGAGUUUCUUUCUGAGAGAUGGAGCACUCCCCUGCCGGCCAACUCUUCACAACCUACAGUUGGAAAGCUUCUUCUAAAGGACAGAGGCCUGUUUGUGGAUGAGUAUUGGUAUUGGAUUUGUGUUGGAGCGCUUUUUGGGUGGUCUAUUCUUUUUAAUAUUCUUUUUGUUGGGGCCUUGACAUACUUGAACCCUCUUGGGGAUUCUAAAGCUGUAAUCGCAGACGAGGAUGGUAAUAACAAUAAUAAGCGGCAAAUGACAUCGAAUGCUGAAGGUAUUAAUAUGGCUGUGAGAAAUCCUCAAGGGAAUACUGGAAGAGGAAUGGUUUUGCCCUUCCAGCCUCUCUCACUUACAUUCAACCAUGUGAAUUACUAUGUCGAUAUGCCUGCGGAAAUGAAGACUCAAGGGGUUGAAGAAACCCGAUUACAACUGCUACGAGAUGUUAGCGGUGCUUUUAGGCCAGGUGUUCUGACGGCAUUAGUUGGUGUUAGUGGUGCUGGAAAGACCACUUUGAUGGAUGUGUUGGCAGGGAGAAAGACUGGUGGUUAUAUAGAAGGAAGCAUAAACAUUUCAGGUUACCCAAAGAACCAAGAGACAUUUGCUCGAGUCAGUGGUUACUGUGAACAGAAUGAUAUCCAUUCUCCCUAUGUUACUGUUUAUGAGUCAGUCUUAUACUCUGCCUGGCUGCGUCUUGCUAAGGAUGUAAACACAGAAAAACGAAAGAUGUUCGUUGAGGAAGUUAUGGAUUUGGUUGAGCUUAAUCCCUUGAGGAAUGCAUUAGUUGGACUUCCAGGUGUAGAUGGUCUUUCAACUGAACAAAGAAAGAGGCUCACCAUCGCCGUUGAGUUGGUUGCUAAUCCUUCAAUUAUCUUUAUGGAUGAGCCCACAUCUGGCCUAGAUGCCAGAGCUGCUGCAAUUGUCAUGCGUACUGUGAGAAACACAGUUGAUACAGGGAGAACUGUUGUGUGCACAAUUCACCAACCAAGCAUUGAUAUUUUUGAAGCUUUUGAUGAGCUGCUUUUGAUGAAGAGAGGAGGACAAGUGAUUUAUGCUGGAUCUCUUGGUCGCCAAUCUCACAAGCUUGUUGAAUACUUUGAGGCUGUCCCAGGGGUUACUAAGAUUAAAGAAGGUUAUAAUCCAGCUACCUGGAUGCUGGAGGUCAGUUCUUCUGCAGUCGAGGCACAACUUGAUGUUGAUUUUGCUGAAGUUUAUGCCAACUCCAGUCUCUAUCAGAGAAAUCAGGAGCUUAUCAAGGAACUAAGCUCUCCAGAACCGGGUUCCAGGGACCUCCACUUCCCCACUAAAUACUCACAAUCCUUUGUAACACAAUGCAAGGCUUGUUUCUGGAAACAACAUUGGUCAUACUGGAGGAACUCACAGUAUAAUGCAAUCAGAUUCUUCAUGACAAUUGUUAUUGGUGUCCUUUUUGGUGUUAUCUUCUGGGGCAAAGGAGACCAAAUAUACAGACAACAAGAUCUGCUUAAUCUGCUAGGAGCUACCUAUGCAGCUGUCCUCUUCCUUGGAGCCACCAAUGCUUCUGCCGUGCAAUCUAUAGUAGCAAUUGAAAGAACAGUCUUCUACCGUGAAAGAGCUGCAGGAAUGUAUUCAGAGUUGCCAUAUGCAUUUGCUCAGGUGGCCAUAGAGACCCUUUAUGUUUUAGUUCAAACCUUCAUCUAUUCUCUCCUCCUUUACUCCAUGAUUGGGUUCCAUUGGAAGCUGGAUAAAGUUUUGUACUUCUAUUACUUCAUAUUCAUGUGCUUUACCUACUUCACAAUGUACGGGAUGAUGGUGGUUGCUUUGACUCCUGGUCAUCAAAUUGCUGCUAUUGUCAUGUCCUUCUUCCUGAGCUUCUGGAACUUGUUCUCUGGUUUCCUUAUCCCCAGGCCGCUUAUUCCCAUCUGGUGGAGGUGGUACUACUGGGGUUCUCCAGUUGCUUGGACAAUCUAUGGCAUCUUCACAUCUCAAGUGGGUGACAGGAAGGGUCAGCUCGAACUACCCGUUGGACCUUCAAUCCCAGUGGACCAAUUCCUCAAAGAAAACUUGGGUUUCGAUCAUGACUUCCUUAUACCUGUGGUUUUUGCCCAUGUUGGUUGGGUCACCAUGUUCUUCUUGGUCUUUGCUUAUGGCAUCAAGUUCCUUAACUUCCAAAGAAGAUAGAGAAACUUCAUUCCACUCUGGAGGAUCUUUAGAAUGUUAAUCAGAGGGGAGAAAAGAAAACUGUUACCUCUCUAAUUUGUCUUGAACCAUUUUCUUUUGUUUGGCUUGAGUUUCUGUUGUCAAUAUGCUUGAUUAAUAGCUUGUAGUAGUUCUCCAAAACAUUUCUUGGUUACUUCUGUAUUAUAUUAGAAUCGAUUGCCUUUGCAAACACAGUAUUUGUGGACUUGAUUGGUACCUGCAUUUGUAAAACACUUUGUUGGAAAUCUUAUCUAUAAGUUGACUCAACGAUUAUGACA